AUGUCUCAGAAAGACAAAAGCUCGGUUGGUCAUGUGGAGGACAUUGAGGCAGUUGAGACUGGCCAAAUGAAGAAGCACGAGGCUACCAAGGUGAUGGGCACGGUGAAGUUGACCGAAGGCAGCAUCAUCUACAUCCCGACCCCAACCGCCGAUCCUCAAGACCCAUUGAAUCUGUCCAUGCUUCGCAAGAUCACCAUCCUCGUCGUCAUAUCAAUUUUCUCAUGCCUCGGUCUUUCUCUUGUGUCGGGAUUUGGCGGGCUGCUAGGCUUCUAUAUUCCUCAAUAUGAAGAGGUGGGGGUAACCUAUAAUGGAAUCACUUACCUGAUGACCUACCCAACUCUGUUCAUGGGGAUUGGUAACUUGAUCGGAAUGCCUCUAGCUAUUGGUGUUGGGCGCCGUGUGGUUAUGCUGGCUUCCACUGCUAUUCUUGCAGUCGGGGCUAUUUUAUGUGCAACUGCAAAGACGUACGAGUGGCACUUUGGCGCAAGAAUCCUGGUUGGCCUCGCUGCGGGUCAAAGUGAAUCGAUUGUUCCCAUGAUCUCACAGGAAAUAUUCUUUGUGCAUGAACGCAGUAGAGCUCUCAUGGGUCAGCAGGCUAUUCAAGUCUGCCUUACUACGGUAUGGGUCCUGUUCGCCGGUCCUAUCGCGGAGGCCAUCACCCCCAAAUGGUGGUAUGGUCUUGGUGCCGUCUUAGCUGGGGCUCUAUUUGUCGGUACAUUCUUUCUCUUACCUGAAACUAAGUACGAGCGAUCUUUGUCAGCGUACCAGGAAGAGUCUUCGUCAGGUGAUGAGGUGCUUACUGAGGGCUUUGACGACAACAAACCAAACCAUCCGGAGGCAGUACCUUGCACCGAGCGUCCAGAGCUCGAUUUUGUCAACUACUCUCCGCGCACAUUCAAGUCUGAUCUACGCCUGUGGAAUGGCAAGCCGGAGUGGUUCAAAGUAUGGGAAGUGCUGAAGCAAACAGCGGAGCUUCUCCUUUUUCCGAACGUACUUUGGGCUCUCCUCCUCAACGGCUUGGUGAUUGGUGUCAACGUAGCCAUUGGAACGACCUACAGCACCAUCAUCUCUGCUGCGCCCUACAAUUGGCCCAACAGCAGUGCUAGCUACAUCAACUGUGGACAGAUCGUGGUCGCCAUUGUCGCCCUUCCUCUCCUAGGUCAUAGUUCAGACUGGCUGGUGAAGUUCCGCGCAAAGCGGAACAACGGUCUUCACGAGCCCGAGACUCGUCUGAUUCCACUUAUAUUGCCAGCUGCGAUAGGCACGUUUACCAGUUCUUUAUACGGUGAAGGGGGAGCCCAUCCAUAUGAUUACCACUGGUUUGUUUACGCCUGGGCCGUAGCGGCAUAUUAUUUCUGCUUCGUCGGCGUCAAUAUUGUUACGAUCACCUACUUGCUGGAUAGCUACCUGGCGCGUGCUGGUCCACUGCUGGUGAUUGUCUGUGCUUUCCGAGGUAUCACUUCCUUUGGAACCAGUUAUGGUACCGCUCCUUUCAUCGAACUGCAUGGUUAUGAUGGCACCUUCAACACGUUUGCUGCACUCACCGGGUUUUUGUCUCUGAUAGGCAUCCCGAUAUUUAUCUGGGGGAAGCGCAUUCGGGCUUUUACUGGACGAAGCUUCUCCUUCUGUGUAUCAUUGAGAGAGCGAGUAGGGUUACCACCUGAGUCCCAUUUGUCGUCCUAUAUACUUCAUUAG